AAACCACCACUCCACCCAAUCAAACCCCCACCGUAGACCAACAUCCCCAAUGUCCACCACCGUCAUCUUCCUCCUCUUAACCACCCUAACCACCAUCCCAACCACCCUAUCAACACCCCCAAAAUUCCCCUGCCACCCACCCCACAACCUCUACCCAUUCUGCAACACCACCUUACCAACCCAAACCCGGGCCCACUCCCUCCUGAACCUCUUAACCCUCUCCGACAAAAUCAACCGUCUCUCCAACAACGACACCGGCAUCCCCCACCUCGGUGUUCCACCCUACGAAUGGUGGUCGGAGUCUCUCCACGGCAUCGCCUCCAACGGCCCCGGAGUUUCAUUUUCCGGCGGACCUGUUGUUGCAGCAACUGGGUUCCCACAAGUGAUCAUCACAACGUCGUCGUUUAAUCGGACGUUAUGGGGUUUGAUUGCUGCGGCUAUUGCGGUUGAAGGUCGGGCAAUGUAUAAUGUGGGUCAAGCUGGGUUGACUUUUUGGGCUCCGACUAUUAAUGUGUUUAGGGAUCCGAGAUGGGGGAGGGGGCAGGAGACGCCUGGGGAGGAUCCGGUGGUGGUGGGGGCUUAUGCGGUGGAGUAUGUUGGUGGGUUUCAAGGGGGGAGGGUGGAGGUUGUUGGUGGUGAGAAGGGUGGCCGGAGGAGGGUGUUGAGUGGUGGUGGUGGUGGUGAUGAGUUGAUGGUGUCUGCUUGUUGUAAGCAUUUUAGUGCUUAUGAUUUGGAGAAUUGGGAGAAUUAUGCAAGAUAUAACUUCAAUGCCAUUGUAACCAAGCAGGAUAUGCAAGACACAUAUGAACCACCUUUUAGAAGAUGUAUUCAAGAGGGCAAAGCAAGCUGCUUGAUGUGUUCAUAUAAUGCGGUGAACGGAAUACCUGCUUGCGCCGAUCGCAGUCUGUUACAGAAAGCGCGAACCCAAUGGGGCUUUAACGGAUACAUAACUUCUGAUUGUGAUGCUGUGGCCACCAUAUACGAGUAUCAAAACUACACUAAAAGCCCCGAGGAUGCUGUAGCCAUUGCUCUAAAAGCCGGAACCGAUAUUAACUGCGGAACAUACAUGUUAAGGCACACAAAGGAUGCAGUUGACAUGGGGAAAGUGGAAGAAGAAGUUAUAGACAAAGCGCUUUUGAAUUUGUUUACGGUUCAGCUUCGUUUAGGACUUUUCGACGGGGACCCGCUUAAAGGGAAGUACGGGAAAUUGGGACCCGCAAAUGUUUGCACUUCAGAUCACAAGAAUUUGGCUCUCGAAGCAGUUAGACAAGGCGUCGUGCUUUUGAAGAACGAUAACAAGUUCCUACCCUUGCGAAAGAAUGCGGUUUCAUCGUUAGCCGUUAUCGGUCCAAUGGCUAAUGCUACUGAUGCUUUGGGUGGUGGAUACACAGGAGUUCCAUGCAGUCCAACAAGCAUAGCCGAAGGCCUAAAACGAUACGUAACGAAAACAGCCUUUUCAUCGGGUUGUCUAGACGUUGCGUGCACUUCCAAUGCUGGAUUUGCGGAAGCGGUUUCUAUUUCCAAACAGGCCGAUUUCGUAAUCGUGGUGGCGGGUCUGGAUUUGACUCAAGAAACCGAAGAUCACGACAGGUUUAGUCUUCUUUUACCAGGUUACCAAACAGCUCUCGUUACCACCGUUGCCGCCACAAGUAAAAAGCCCAUAGUUUUAGUACUCACAGGCGGCGGGCCACUUGACGUAUCGUUUGCUCAAAGCGACCCGCGGGUCGCUAGCAUCAUAUGGGUCGGGUACCCCGGAGAAGCUGGCGGCAGAGCACUUGCGGAGAUCGUGUUUGGAGAUCACAAUCCGAGUGGAAAGCUGCCCGUGACGUGGUAUCCCGAAUCUUUCACGAAAGUACCGAUGAACAACAUGAACAUGAGACCCGAUCCGUCUCGUAAUUAUCCGGGUAGAACGUAUCGUUUCUACACGGGUGACGUAGUUUAUGGAUUCGGGCAUGGUUUAAGUUACUCGAAUUACACCUACAACAUCCUCUCCGCACCGAACAACCUUAAAGUAAUAAAAUCUCUAAAAACCAAAUUCAACAACAUAUUACAAAGAAAAAAAGGUUUACACAACUAUCUUUAUGUGGAUGAACUUGAAGAACAACACUGUGAUUCAUUGAGGUUUCAGGUGGAAAUCUCGGUCACAAACCAUGGCCCGUUUGAUGGUGGUGCGGUCGUGAUGGUGUUUGCCAGAGCCCCGGGCUCUUUUAAAGGCGCACCGUUGAGACAACUUGUUGAGUUUGAACGCGUGCAUACUUUUUCAUAUAAGGAUACUAAAACGACGAUCUUAGUAGAUUCAUGCAAGCAUCUUAGUAUUGUUAACGAAUAUGGAAGAUCGAUAUUGCCUUUGGGUGAUCAUACAUUGUUGGUUGAUGAUAUCGAGCAUAUCGUGUCGAUUGUUAUGUGAUGAUGCAUCAAAGUGUAUACUCUAGCACAUUGAUGUUGUGUGUUUAAAUUUAUUGGUGGUAUAGAAAUGGAGUUUCUUGGUUUAUAACUA